AUGCCUAAUAGUCUUGAGACUCUUCUUUUCCUUUUCCCUCUGGGAUUAUGGAUGACUUGUUCUGCUUCAAUUGACCUGAAGCGGCUAGAAAACCUUAGUCUUAUUGGCUGCGAGAACUCCAAAGCAGAAGAUAUCUCUCAUUUCACUUUGGCAAUACCUGAAGUUGAUUCCUUUGACCAAGCAGAUAAAAAUAUUUUAGCAUCUUCAUCCUUCACAUAUCAACUGGCCCCCAUCAAAGAUUCAAGAAAAACUAUGGUCGAUGCUUUGGAUUCUACAAAUCAUCCAACUCCUAGCAUACCUGACCACAUGGAUUCUGUAACUCCAGCUCCAUCUACCACUCUGUACUUCGCAAGGGAAUCUCUGGUUGAUACUCUGACUACUGGAAACCACAAGGCAUCUAUCCAAUCUGAUCAAGAAAAUGGGGCCUCUAUCUUUCAACCUAAAACAAUGUUCUUAGGAAAAUCAAAAUCAUUCAGAUUAUUUGGAAGAGAAUUAUCCUUUGAUGUAGCAUCCAAUAUCAGUGGUUGUCCAACAGGUUUCCAAUCAAAGGAAUCUGAUAAUAACAUUGACACACUAUACUUAGGCUCAGGCAAUGGAAUCAUCAAAGCACCUAAGCAGACUCUCACCCCAAGGCCAAGGCCCAUCAGCUUCUACAGCUGA